AUGUCAACCCAACCAGAAACUACCGGUACCUCCAAGGGAUUCGAGAGAUUCGACCCAACUUUCACCACCAAUGUCAUCAAGUCUAUCGGUCCCAAGACCGACGCUCGAACAAGACAAUUGAUGGGCUCUCUCAUCCAACACAUCCAUGACUUUGCGAGAGAGAACGAACUCACAAUUGACGAAUGGUUGGCCGGCGUCAACUUCGUCAACACUAUCGGACAAAUCAGUACCCCCACCAGAAAUGAAGGUCACAGAAUUUCCGAUGUUCUCGGACUGGAAUCUGUCGUCGAUGAAAUUGCACACUACAUUAUGACCGAGUCUGGCGAGACCCCCACAUCUUCCUCAAUUCUUGGUCCUUUUUGGAGCCCCAACGCCCCAUUUAGACCACUUGGUGGUAGCAUCAUCCAGGACCCAGUACCUGCAGGUGGAAAGACUACUUUGAUGCACGGAACCGUUACCGAUUUGGUUACCAAGAAGCCAAUUCCAAACGCAGUCGUUGACAUCUGGCAAGCAUCUGCCAACGGAAAAUACGAUUUCCAAGACCCUGAAAACCAAUCCGAUAACAACUUGAGAGGAAAGUUCAGAACUGAUGAGAACGGACAAUAUCACUUCUACUGUCUUCACCCAACUGCCUACUCUCUGCCAACAGAUGGACCAGCUGGUGUCCUCUUGAAAUUGCUCGAUCGCCACCCAAUGAGACCUGCUCACAUUCACUUGAUGAUCUCGAACGAAAAUUACAAGUCAGUCACAACUCAAAUCUACCCAAACGCCGAUCCAUACCUCAUCAACGAUACCGUUUUUGCUGUCAAGCCAGAUCUUGUCGUUGACUUCAAGUCCCGCCACGGUGACCCCAAGGCAGAAUUGGAUCUUGAAUACAACAUUAUCUUAGCACCAAAGGAUUUGAAGAUGUAA